AUGGCUGAUUUUGGAGAGAUCCUCAGGAACAUUGGAGAAUUUGGAUUAUUUCAGCAGCUCACUUUGAUUGCAGUUUGUUUUCCAAAUUUGAUUCAGUCUUUUAUUUUUGCAAGUUUUCUUUUUGUGGAGUUUGAUCCAGACAGGUACUGUAACACAGACUGGAUACUUAGUGCAGACUCUGAGAUAACCAAAGAGGAGCAGCUCAACCUGACUCUGCCUCGGGGGGAAGAUGGGACUUUCAACAGGUGUGAGAUGUUCAAACCUGUGGACUGGAACAUCGGUGCCAUCAGGGAGUAUGGGCUCAAUGAGACCACAGGGUGUCAGAAUGGAUGGGUUUAUAUCAACACCAUGUAUGACACCACUGUUGUCACUGAUGUAAGUACAGAGGUGUAAAUAGGCAGACAUCUAUCAUUCCAUUCCUUACAUAAAACUUCUUGUUAAACACUUGGAUAUUUUGUCAGUUUAAUCUAGUUUGUGACAAGGCUAACCUGCUGGGAGUCAUACAAGCCAUAUUCAUGACUGGAAUCCUCAUUGGAUCCCUCAUAUUCGGACCCUUUGCUGAAUCGUAAGUGUAUUUAAUGUAGUAUGAUUUUGGUCCUUAAUAUAUACACUCACAUCCCCUGUCCAUGAAAAGAAGUAUUUGUGUUUUGAAUUUUAAAUAGAUGCAAACUAAAAAAUUUAUGUUCAUCAUUUGACAAUUUAAAGACUUCCUGUCCAGUAAAAAUGUGUUUCCAAAAAAAAAAAAAAAAAAAUCACAAAAUGUCAAUCAAUGUCUGUGAAACCUUUAACCAUAUACCUCAGAAGCCUCCUGUGAGCAUGCCAACUUUUGGCCCAAAAACAAACAUACACCUGGCCCACCUGACAAAAUGAGGUACUACUUUGGUCACCUAACCCUAACCCUAACCUUGGAGUGCAUUUUUAGAAUUUAUAUAUUCAUAUGUUAUUUUCUAUGAAUUUUAAUUGGAUUUCUUUAAACAAUUUACUUUGAUCUAUAUUGAUACUCAACUGAACACUAACAUGGGAUCUUUAUGGAGCUGAUACAGCUGAAAAUAAUUAGCAGAUGCAUACAUAGCUUUGAACUUGACCUAUUUGUAAAUCGUUUCAUCAGUGGUUGUUAGUAAUCCUUUUGCUUAAAGAGCUAAAAUACACAUGUGACAGUUAAAACUGAAGCUGGUCUCUCAAUUGGCUGUCUGUGCACAUCUUUUCCCACAAAUCCUCUGAGCAACAACCACAAAUGUUUGUAGCUACCUGCAAGUGACUCAGGUGUGUGGAUUUGAUUGCAUUCUGUUUACAUUGCAGAUAGCAGGCUAGCACACCACAUAAUGACAGCUUUUCUUCCUCAUUGGGUCAUAAUUAUGCAUUUGGAGAAAACAGUGAUACUCCAUUUGGCGAAUUAGUCUCGUGGAGAGCUAAUUUGAUGAAACAACUUCUCAGUUCACCCACACAGUAAGCCUGUGAGCCUCAGCUUUGGGCAAACAUACUGCAGAUCUAAUCUAAUUUUGCAUUUGUGGAUUAGCCUACACAUGAAAUACACUGAAUAUGAUGGCCUGAAAAAAAUGGGGAGGCAAAAGCAGUAUUAUGAAGUCAUAUUGAGACAAUGUGUCUGGACAUGGAAUAUUUAAAAAAGAAGGAAAAAAAAAGUUUUAGUGUCACAUCCAUUUGGGCUUGCAUUUUUUAAAAAGUUUGUUAAUGCAUACUUUUGUACUUUGGCUGUUUAACUACAAACCAGGUGUUAUUUUGCACCGAAUGCUGCAUGAUAAAAUUACAAAAAAAGUCAAAUAAGAUAAAAAUAUUGAUACUUUUUAAAAUUAUCUUCAGAUUUCUUUCACUGUUAUUAGAUAGGAAUGCUAAAGAGGGAGAAGAGAUAUGGGGAACAGAGAGCAGGAGAUAAUAUGCAGCAAAGGAAUCGUACCAGCAACUGCUAUUACAUGGAGAGCCUCUGAAUGUGGGGUGUGAGCAUUAACCAUUGAUCUCAACAGAUGCACCAGAUAUCUUUUCAGUGUACUAACAAAUACAGUUUUCUUUCAUGAGGUGAACAAGCCCAAACUAAAAUCAGACAAAAAGAUUACACAUAUUUAUCUUGGACUGACUUUUUUUUAACUAUUGGAUCAGGCUGACUAAGAAGUGAAUACACCCAGGUUUGCAGGAAAUGUGCCAAAGUCUGUUUUAGCUGGUGUUGAUUCAAAUUGCUCUUGUUUCCAAAUCAAAUCAGUCUUUAAACACACAAAUCCACUAUUCUGUCAGAACCAGUCAAUGACGUGUGAACUGUAUCAUACUUGAUCACGAUUUCUCUCUUACCCUUGUCAGCUCUUCAAAUUACUUGUGUUGAAAAUGACUCUGACUGGUCCCUUUUUCUAUUUUUCCCUUUUCUUUUUUGCAGGUUUGGUCGCAAACGGGCAAAUCAGAUUCCAGUGGUGAUAAUGUUUAUUUUCGUUAUCGCAGCAGCACUAAGCCCAAAUGUUUACCUAUAUCUGGUCUUCCAGCUCCUGGUGGGAGUUGGAGCGGGAGGUUAUCGAGUCAACUGUAUCAUAUUAAGUAUGCACUUUGUAUUCAAAAUAAUCAUAAUUCAUAUUUUCUUGAAAGAGGUGUGUGACCUUAAUUGUUUUAUUGUUUCUAUUUAAACAUUAUCCCCAGAAAAUGCAAAAUAAGAUAGCUAAAGAAACCACACUGUGUGUCUUUGUUACGACAGCCACUGAGUGGAUCGGUGCAUCCAAACGGUCAUGGGGAGCGUGUGUUACUCAGUUAUUUGGUGCGGUCGGUCAGUGCAUCCUGGCUGGUAUGAUUUAUUUUCUCAGAGACUGGAGAGUGGCCCAACUCAUCACAGCAGCUCCACUUGCAAUUGUUAUCAUCUAUAUAUGGUAUGUAUUCAUUGUUUUCAAACCAACAUUUAAGAAUUGAAUAACUUUAUGUAUCCCCGAAGGGAAAUUCAAUUGUCUGUAGUCUCAUUUGUCAUGUCUCAAAAAGUCAUUUGAUAUUUAUAGAAGAAUUGUGAAGUCUGAUGGCUGUGGGUACACAAAGGUAUGUUUACUGUUUUAUUCAAAAAUCUCGGGUUAUUCUACACGUCAUCUUGUUUCUUUCAGGUUUAUUCCAGAGUCAGCUAGAUGGUUGUUAAAUAAAGGAAAGACAGAGGAGGCCAAACAGCUGAUCAUGAAGGCAGCAGCCAUCAACAAACGCACCAUCCCAGACCAUCUGUUGGACAAGGUACUGAACCCUCACAGUUUCGACACAACCACCUCAUCUAGUGUUUUGUGAACUCCUGCUGUUGAGUCUGGAGUUUUGGUCUUUGCUGUCUUGUAUCUGGGAUAUUUAUUUAGUUAUUUGAUGCCAAGAAGUGAGUACUUUUGGAAGACAGGAUGGAGACACAUUCUCCUAUCAGCCCUUUUCACAUUGACACCUUAAAGGAAUGAUGUUUAUGACCCUGUUGUGUCUUAUCUUCGACAUAAUGUCACAGAGGCGUAAUAGUAGUUAGGACCCACCGCUUUACUGGCAUUGGAGGUGAUGGCUAACAAGAGACUUAAGAGAGAUGAGACGGGUUUGUAGGUUCAAUGUGAAAGUACAAAGAUGUGUUGAUGGUGAAACUGUUACAUACCUGGAUGAGGUUUAUCAGCAGCUGGAACACAAUCAUCUCAUUUCUGACAUUUCAAGAUCUGAAGACCAACUCCAAUAUUUUUCCAUGAAUUCAGCACUCUACACCAACUCAAGUUUUCUAGCACCUUGUGUUUUUCAUUAUAUACUGAACACCAUUAAAUGCCUGAAACCAACAAACCUCUCUGAUGCACUCCAACAAAUUCUCUAUAUGUUUUUCUGUAAUCUCAAAGUAGUUUUUAAAGUUGAGCCCCUGAGGGUCUUUGCAAACAGUCUGUAUGAGACAGGACUGUAGCAGGGCAACUAGAAGCAUGCUGAAAGGAAACUGUCACAUGUAAUAUGGCAGAUGUAGGUUUUGACAAUCAAGACAAUAUAUGAUAAAAUAUUCCUUUAUACCUUCCACAAGGGGAAAGUCCAAAUAUACAGCAGCGAAUAAUACAAAAGAUAGAUUAAAGAAUGAAGAAACUUGGGAGUUAAAGAUAUUUGAUGUACAGCUGUUAUGUACAUGUUGAUAUAUUACAGUUGGAAAAAAAAGAGAUAUCUAUAUGUAUGACUAUCACUGAACUUAAAUUAAAUUAAUCCCAAAAAUGAAACUUUUUAUGACAAAGUUGAGGUGCUAGCUGAAACAAACUGGAACUGCACUCAUUUUUAGCAUUUUUUCUAGAUUAGAUUAGAAAGGAAUUGGUGAAUGGCAUAUCAUGAAAUGUGCUUUUAUUGUAUCCUCAUAUCUUCAGUCAUACAGUAUGUUCUCUUACAACAAUGAACGUUUGACAUUUUGAUUAUGCUUUAUAUAAUCAGAACGUCAGGGGCAAAAGUUGAAAAUUAACCAGUCAGUCUGUAUGUGCAGUGCAGAAGUUGCAUGCUCUGUUUAAAACAAUUUUAAAUAGCAUUAAAUUAAUGAAGAUUAAAUUUUACUUAAUUACGUUAAAUACAAAUAUAUUUAGUUCAGUACAAUUUAGCUAAUUUAAAAGGUCUAUCAUGCCCCUUUUAACUGGACUACAUUUGUACACCAGAAAGGUGUGGCCCCCUGCUGGUCAUCUGAAGAAUGCAGUGUGUAACUCAAAUGACAACAGUAUAGAAAUGAACAGCCAGCCUCUGCCACCUUCUGUUGCAUCAAAGUACACCACACAACUCCCCAUUUCUACUCACUGGCACUGACAUCUUGUGCUGGUGGGGACAUUUGAAACUGGAGUCUGUACAGAGGGAACCGACUCGUGAAGCAACAGAAAUGACUCCCUGCUCCAGAUUUUUAUGUCAGUUUGAAGCUGGCACUGGUGGCUGUGUAAACUUUAAUAACUAUUGUUAUGUUUCUUCUAGUGUUUCCUUCGUCACUCUGAUAAUUCAGUCAACAAAGCUGCGAAUUAUGGCAUUAUACCCAAUUUUGGCAUCAAAAACACAAACAACAUUUCUUAGAAAAUGAACUCUUAGAUGUAAACCCCCAUGACAAGAAUCCACCAUAAGGAAACCAUGUUUAGGAUAAGUUUGUCACACAUAUAUUUUAAUUUAUAGUUUAGUCAGUUCUACAUUUUGAGAAGCAAAAUGUUUGCUUUAUAACGUGUACAGCGAGUCAGUUUGUACAUAUUUUUUAACUUAAUGCAUGAAACCAGGAACCUUCUGCUUUCCAAUUUUGAAAUUAUUGAGAGAACAUUAACUCUGCCAAAACUUAUUAACAUGACCUCCCACAGCUACCACACACUUUUAACUUUCUUCAUUAAAAACUAGCAUACACAAAACUCUUGAAACUCAUGAAACUUUUCCAGUCAAUCCUGUUGCUUCUUAAUUUACAUGUGUCAUGAAAAUAGUAAGAAUCAAUGUAUUAAAAACUAAACAGAGAGUGCAAAUUUAAUAACAAAUGGUGGCAAUGUUAAUAUUUCUGUUUCAGAUUGCUGUGACAGAAGUUGGAGCCAAAGGAGGCAUCGGAGUUAUUAUCAAAUCUCCAGUGUUGAUUAAACAUUUUAUCAUUGUGGUUCUGGCAUGGUGAGUCAAAAUUUCCCAGAAAAUUUUUACCACUUCACUGACCCUCUAAAGUUUUUGUAUUAAAACUGAAAAAAUAUCAAGAGUCAUAUUUGCAAGCUAUUUUGCAGAAAUGAUGAAUACUGUAGCACACGUCCUGAGUUCAAUACUCUGUUAUACUGAUGUGUACUAUCGCUGUCUUUUGCUGCAGGUUUUCAACAACCCUCUCUGUGUUCUGCCUUUACUUCAAUAUGGCAAACUUUGGCCUAAGUAUAUUCCUAACACAGUUCUUGUUUGGUGCCAUUGAAAUACCAGCUCACACACUCAACAUGUGGUUGCUGGAGGUUUUUGGAAGAAGAAAAUUAUUCAUAGUGACAUUUGUGCUGGGAGGACUCUCGAGCAUGCUCAUCUUAGCUGUUCCUCAGGGUAAGUCACAUACUAGCACAAAAAAAGAAGUUCUCGCUUCGCUUGACUGAAUGACACACUUGUUUUUGUUUUUUCAGGAUAUGACAUUGCUGUUACAUCCUUGGUGGUCUUGGCACGUUUUUUCCUGAUGUGGGGUACUACUGUAUGUAAUGUUUUUAUCCAGGAACUGUUUCCAACAUCUGUAAGGUAGGUGUUCACAGGGUAUUAUGUUUGGACCAAGAGUAAAAUUUGUUUGUUUUUUUACCCACAUCGUGAAAACAUCACAAUUUCUACCCAAAACCUUGUAGACAAACAGCCACAGGUUUAGGAGCCAUAGCAGCAAGAGUAGGUGGAUUGCUGGCUCCUUUGGUCAACAUGUUGGCUGUCUACCACUGGUUCAUACCCAUCACAAUCUACAGCAGCAUGACGAUCAUCAGUGGAGUCCUCGGCUUCCUGCUCCCUGAGACCAGCAAAAAAGACCUCCCUGAGUCCACUGAGGAGGCCGAGAACAAAAGGUGGAGACAGCAGAUAUGUUUCACUGUUAUGUUUGUAUCUCUUAUAUUUCACCAUUUACCCCUAAAUAAUGAAAUAUCUGUCCUUUUUCUUACAGAAAUGAGACUUCGACAAACCCAUACAUUUGUUCAACCAAGCUGUAG